CUCAGUUCCACAUAGACGAACCAACACGAGCUCAGAAAGACGGUGUCUCCUGCAGCACACACACACACACGCACACACACACAUACACACACACUGCUGGCUGUGGAUUCUCCAUCUUAUUCCAUACAUCUGUAGGCCAUUUUGCCGGAGAGCCAGCCAAACCCGCCUCAGGGAGCAGGAGAAUGGAGAACAACAUGUGACCGAUCCGUGAGCCACUGUCGACAGCAUGCUUCGCCUCCUCCGGACCUUGGCUUUCUGCUUCUGGUGUUUUUUGCUACUUCACAGGCAGGCUGUGGCUGACGAAGAAGCCCUCUGGGGACCGACGCCAACAAGAAAAAACCCACCUGAAAAUAAACAAAGCUUGGAUGGUAACGACAAGGCUGCUGUGUUGACCACAACCACCAAAGGCCUGACAGAAUCAAUCGAUCACUUGCAAGACCACUCGGGUUCAGGGGAAGGGAGCAUUUCUGAAGCCUCUGAGCCACCCACCACUUGGACUCAGGAUCUCCUAACUAGUGUGACAAAGAUAAGAACAGAACCACUUCCCACAGGGACAUCAGAUUCUCCACACAGCAGCAUAGCGCAGAGCCACAAUGAUACUCUUGUUUCAGACUCCUACUCACCCACAAGCAGUUCUAUCAGAAACACUCUGUUCACCAACAGUCCCACCAGCACAAGCACUCCUGAACAAAAUGCAACACAUACCCACCCACCACGGGGCACCGCACGAGCAGCCGGACCCAGCACGGGUGCCACUCCACAACACUUCACAGAGGAACACACUGAUAAAGACGAGGCUGAAGAUUUUACGGAAAAGAUCUCUUCAACGAUAGCACCAGAAACUACAGUUCCCACUGCUUUGACACGGGCAGCAGCCCAAACCACAACAACAAACCCAGGACUGGUGGAGACCACACUGACCAUCAGACACCCUCUGCGACCUGUUACACCCCCUACAUCCUCAGAAAUCACGUUUGUCAGAAAACCACAAGACCCGACUGUUGGUAUUACCCUACAUGCUGGAGAAGCCAUAACGACAGAAACCCACCACACUAAUAGUGAGUCUGACAUGGCCAGGUCGGGGCCUGCGGAGGAACAGCCGGGGGUAAUCACCACUGCCAUGGGGAUCGAUCACAAACUACUGCCAGAAUCCAUAACAAGCACAUCUCAGAGCCAAAGGGUUAACUUCCCAAUAGCAGGAGAACUGCCAGGCAAAGAGGAUAAAGAGGAUGAGGAGGCUGAGGAAGGUGUGGUUCCUUCAGCUGACGAGGAUGGUGACACCAGGUUGGCAGACAUUUCCACGCCAUCCGCUAAGCUGCUAACAACAUCCCUUCCGCAGAGCACAGGCAUUCCCCCAGAAACUCUGUACACUGAAGACUGGAUGUCCAGCCUGAUGGACAGUGACGUCACCUUUCUUCCAGACUGCAAUAAAGAGCGCUCUGGGAUCUGCAACCUCUCCGACACCUGGGACUCCACAACCUCCUCGGACGUCAAGCCCACACAAAACACAACUGCCACGAACCAAUCAAUCAACCCCUUCCUGAUCCCAGCUCCACCCAUGUUGGUGCCGCUGUACACUGACUGGAACAGUGCCAUGGCAGCUUGGGGCCUGGCCUGGGAUGCGCAUGUUUACGGCGCUGGUUGCACCUUUGCGAUGCUAACCCUAGCCUCAGCGCUCAAUCUGCUCUGCUUGCCACUACGAUGCCCAUCCGGAUGUGGCUACUUUGCCUUGGUCAGCCUGUUUCUACUAGCUGCAGGUUGUACCAGAUCUUUCUCGCUCCUGUACGAUGCCUAUGGCCACCAGGACCGCUUACCCUCCACAGAGGCCUCACUGAUGCUCUACGAAGCACCGUUUCCCUGCUUGACUGCAGCUUUCGGUCUGGUUUUCCUUCUUCUCUCAAUGCGCUCAAGAAUGCAGCUCUCCUACUCAGCCUUCCAGAGACCCUGUUUCCUGGCCUGCCUGGUUGUCCUGCACUUUGCUGCUGCAUUCGGACCGGUGACAUUACUUAAGUUCUACCAGCAAAAGCCUCCCCUUUGCCUCUUUCUUUCACUCAUCUCCCGUGGAGCCUUUGUAGUACUGGCCACAUUUCUGUCUGCCGCCUAUUUUGUGUUCUACAUCUAUGUGCGGGCAGAUUCGAAGCACAUCUACCACCUGAAUAACACGUCUCCAACACCUGCUGAGCGCUAUAACCGCUGCCCUUUUGCUGAGAGCCGGGACUGGAACCGUGCAGCAGUAACCGUUUGUCUUUCAGCAUUGUUUUUUUUAGCAUGUGCAGGACUGCAGUUAUAUGCAAUGCUCAAUGCCAUGGGUGUUGCAGGUGGGGAGGAGGUCUUCCAUCCUUGGCCCUGGUGGGCUUUUCAGUUUAGCUGCAGAGUGUGUGAGCUUGGGGUUUGUCUUACCUUAGCCUUGGUGGUUGCACAACCAGUCUACUGUUCUGACCACCUCCCAGCUGCAGGGAGCUGCUGGACUGAACUGUUGGCAUCCAAGUCACCCAUCCUGCCUGGGAGCUACCAGUGGACCCUGAGCCAGCAAGAGAAGCUCGCCAUUGUCGAUACCGUAGGGCAUGGAGAGACAGAGAGCCUUCCUCUUUACACUCUGAUGGAUGAGAGGCUUGGUAGCAGCCUGAAUGGCCUGGACCUCCUCUACCACAGCAACCGGGCCUUGGCGUACCGAGACCUGGACUUGGAGUUAGACUUUGGACAGGGUUCAGAAAAACCUGAGGAUGGAGGGGGCGGAGAGCCCUCAGGUGGAUCCUCGUUUACCAGUGACUCCACCACAGACCUGAGGCCACCUUCACCCAUCAACCUGCGUCGCAGCAUAGACGAGGCACUCUUCAGUGAGGCCCUCUUUCCCAUGAGCCUCUUUAGCCCUGCUAGGCCUAUUCGCUGCAGUGAUCUAUCCAUAAACAGCCACUGUGCACUUCCCAGCAACAACCUCUGUGAUCCUCUCUCAGCUGACCCCGGCCUUUUUCGUACCUCUUCCUGCUUGGAGAUGGCCUCUCAACCCCAGCCCCCUUGCACCCAAUCUCAAGAAGACACUGUUGUAGGUGCUCCACCAUCUCCCUCCCUGUCCUCUUCCUCCAGCUGUUUAUCUCCUGAACGUUGGAGGGGCAGCUCUUCCUCCUGUUACCUCUAUCGAGCCUCUCUCGGGGGCUCCUCGCUGGUCCUCUGCCCAAGCCCAGAGAGACAUGCUAGUCAGCUUCUCCAGCAAGGGGGUACAGGCCAUGGGGUGUCCUCUGGCCAUGCAGACCCACAGAGGCACUAUCAUACACUGGGCGCGGCCUCACAGGAGAGCCUGGACGUGGACAUGUCAUCUGAGGCAGACCGAUCCGUGCAGGAGGAGUUCAUCAAUGUCUGCAGACAAAUCGAUGCUUUGAGCAUCUGCAGUGAGACAAUUGAUUUGUAAGUACAGUCUGGUCAAACAAGGGUUACACUGAAGAUGGGUGUCUACUUGUUGUAGCAAGCUGGUCAAGGUUUUUUACAGCCUAUUUGGUAGUGCAUGGUAGCUUUUGCAUACACCAUAAAAGACCUAUAGCUGCCAAAAUAAAGUUUUUGGAGGUUUGAUUAGCUUUCUUAUGCGAUCAUUAGUGAAUGUCUGAGGGUCUAAGUGCCAAGAACGUCAAAAGCCAAAAGGUAAUUUGUAACUUUUACAUGUUUGAUAAAGGCUGGUUAAGUUUGAUAGUCAAAAGAAUAGUAACAUUUUACUGAGUGGUGAGAACAGGAAUUUAUUUGUACAAAUGUUUUUAUUGCAUUCCAACAUUCCAAUAGAUAGUACUGUGACUGAAUUAAGCACUUAUUAAAAACUACUGAAGUCAUACCCUUUCAAACUCAGCAGAAUAUCAUUGUCAUUAAAUCUCAUGUUGCAUAAAUGGGAUUAAAGUUAAAUUUGUCAAACUAUAAACUCUUCAUGUCAAUAUGCCACACAUCUUAAUUGCAGUUAUUGUGCAACACUGCCCUCUACUGGAAAAAUGCACUGUUUUCUUAUCCUCCUACAGUCAUCAUAAAUGGAUUGUGCUUCUACAUACACUGAUGGCAUCUUCUAUGACCAGCUUACUAAUUUAUUUAUGUUCAAACAUAACUGUGCUCAACACAUUGUCUAAUAAAGUUUGUUUUAUAACA